AUGGCCACCUUUGCUGAUGAUACCGCUAUACUAGCCUCUCAUGAAGACCCAGGAAUUGCAUCCCAACGACUACAAUCUGAGCUGGAUGACUUGUCGGAGUGGCUUGUGAGAUGGAGGGUGAAGGUUAAUGAAACCAAGUCCACUCAUAAUCGGCUAAAGCCACAGUACCUUGCCAGAUACAUCACUCUUGUCAAAAUAUUGCCAGUUCUUGAGUCACUGUCCAACCAGAAUCGGCUAAAGCCACAGCACCUUGCCACAUACAUCACCCUUGUCAAAAUAUUGCCAGUUCUUGAGUCACUGUCCAACCAGAAUCGGCUAAAGCCACAGCACCUUGCCACAUACAUCACCCUUGUCAAAAUAUUGCCAGUUCUUGAGUCACUACCACCGAGAAUCGGAACAAGGCAGCAGCAUUUGUUCGAGCUGAGUCAUGCAGCCAGGAACUACCUCCGACAUAGCCCCAUCCCACGAUUGAUGCGACUCGGCAACGACAUUAGCUCGUCUGUGGAUUUUUUCUCCACAUCCCUUCGAGCCAUCAAAUGCAUUGCUGCGGACUCCAGCCCAGACCUGCAUUAG